CGCGCUCUUCGCAGCUUCCUUUGACCUUUGACCCGCCGGCCGCCGUUGAGCUGGGGCCGAGAGGACGGGGGGCCGAGAGGACGGGAAGCCGAGCCCCGUGCCCCCGAAGCAGAGUGGCCGCCAUGGCCAAGUACCUGGCCCAGAUCAUUGUGAUGGGUGUACAGGUGGUGGGCAGGGCCUUUGCCCGGGCCCUGCAGCAGGAGUUUGCAGCCAGCCGGGCAGCAGCUGACGCUCGGGGACGCGCGGGACACCAGUCUGCAGCCGCCUCCAACCUCUCCGGCCUCAGCCUCCAGGAGGCACAGCAGAUUCUCAACGUCUCUAAGCUGAGCCCUGAGGAGAUCCAGAAGAACUACGAACACCUAUUCAAGGUGAACGAUAAAUCCGUGGGUGGCUCCUUCUACCUUCAGUCAAAGGUGGUGCGAGCGAAGGAGCGCCUUGAGGAGGAACUUAGAAUCCAGGCCCAGGAGGACAGAGAGCGAGAGCAGCCGCCCAAAACGUGACCACUUGGCACCUCCCACCGUGCCCUCCCGCCCCUCCACCCACCUCUAAUUUAUAAGUCGGUAAUAAAUGUCUUUUCCG